GGUGGCGCGCGUGUCCCUCUGGCGCCGCCGUAGACGGCAGAAGUCCGGGGACGGAGCCGCCAUGAUGAACACUUUGCUCCGCUGCAUUUGCGGACCGAAACUGCGGCGGAUUCACCGCGGCGCCGACGGCUCGCCUGGAUUUUAUUAUCAACCAAGGAUCCUUGAGAAACAUUCAGACAGUAUCCUGGGAUGGGCAUACAUCCUGUGGUCUGUGUCCUACUACACAUCCCCAUUACUACUACUUUACUGCUACAGGAAAGGUUACAUUGUUAUGUCCAAGCUUAUUCCUGCUACUUCAUAUGCAAGUGUGCUCCUGCUGAUACUCACUGGUGUGGCCUGUCUCAGAGGUAUGGGACGAUGGACCAAUCCUGAUUACGUGCAGUUUAUCAGCAUUUUAGAAGAAACGAAGAGAAAUAACACGGCGGAAAACAAGAAGAGGUUGGCAGCUUACAGCUUCGAGUUUAACCAUUGGCCUGAAGAUUUCAGCUGGAACGAGGUCAGCAGCCAGAAGGACCGACGAUUGACGAAGGCGACCAAGGCCGGAGUCCCUCUCCUGAAGCCGGAGCACAAGUACAGAGGGACAACUGACAGCUUUGUUGGACUAGUUCUGAGGUUCCCAUGCCAGAUUAUCGGCUACUUAAUGGCCAACUCUUUUGGUCGACGGAUGCUGUACCCUGGCUCGGUCUGUCUGCUACAGAAAGCCAUCAUGCCCAUGUUGCUGCAGGGACAGGCGCGUCUGAUGGAGGAGUACCUAGGGAAACGAGCCAAGCUGAUCGCCUGCGAUGGGAACCAGAUCGACACAGUGUUUGUUGACCGGAGGCCAGCGGACAGCGAGCGUGGGAAGAAGCUGGUGAUCUGCUGUGAGGGGAACGCUGGCUUCUACGAGGUUGGCUGUGUCAGCACCCCACUGGAAGCUGGGUAUUCGGUUCUAGGUUGGAACCACCCAGGUUUUGCAGGAAGUACGGGUGUUCCUUUCCCCCAGAACGAGGCUAAUGCCAUGGAUGUGGUGGUGCAGUAUGCCAUCCAUCACCUUAACUUCCAGAUUGAGGACAUCAUCAUCUACGCCUGGUCCAUUGGCGGUUUCACAGCUACCUGGGCAAUGAUGACCUAUCCAGAGAUCAGUGCCCUCGUCUUGGAUGCUUCCUUUGAUGACCUUGUACCGCUGGCGCUGAAGGUCAUGCCGGAGAGCUGCAAGGGUCUCGUCACGCGAACGGUCCGGGACUACUUGAACCUCAACAAUGCCGACCAGCUGUGCAAGUAUCAAGGACCCGUAUUACUGAUUAGGCGAACAAAGGACGAGAUCAUCACUACCACGGUUCCAGAAGAUAUCAUGUCGAACCGUGGCAAUGACCUUCUCCUGAAGCUCCUCCAGUUCAGGUACCCCAAGGUGAUGGCAGAGGAAGGAGUCCGAGUAGUUCGAGAGUGGCUGAGUGCCUCGAACCCUCUCCAGGAAACCGCUCUCUACAGUCGUUACGAGGUGGACGACGACUGGUGCACCUCCGUUCUGCAGUCCUACAAAUUGGAGCAUGGAGGAGAGUUCCCCUGGACCGUCGGGGAAGACAUGACGACAGAAGGAAGAAGACAGCUGGCGAUGUUCCUGGCGCACAAGCACAUGAAGAAUUUUGACGCCACGCAUUGUACACCACUGCCAUCGUACGAGUUCAUGCUGCCCUGGUCCUUGUAGAGGGACGGGACAGGACAGGCCAGUAUGAGCAACACAAAAGGAGUUGCGCCGUGGACUGAUGCUCCGCGUCAUGAGACCCUCGAGGUUCUGCUGCUGCUAACAAGCUCCCAAACUGGCUCUGAGCUGUUGGAUUCUACCCGUCCUGCGUAUUUUUCUGUUGACCUUUUGAGGAUCCAAGGGGACUGUUUUUAGCCUUUGGCUGGAUCUGAAGUUGCAAUGAUUCCUUUUUUAAAUGUCUGAAGUGAGAUUUGAGCGGCUGCUCGUCCGGAAGACUCCCUGUCCUGACUGCCUGGGUUCCCUUACUCCCUUCCCCGGUCCCUCCGUCUCUCUCGCUCGCUCCUGUUCCUUUCCUCUCCUGUGGGCGCUGGGUCCUCUGUCCCCCUCCAGUACCUCACCUGACGGCCAUUGUGCAUUGGUGAGCUUUGAAGGGUGGGUGUCGGCUGAGUGUUCGACUCUGAGGGGCAUUGUGGAUGACUGUGGUCAUUCCCCCCCGCCCCCCUCGC